AGCCGACCCCACGGAAUGGGACAAAGGUUUGAUGUUGUUGUUGUGUUCUCUUGGUUAUUAUCUGAACUUUCCCUACUACAGAUGCUUGGAGAAAGCUUGUACCCACUUGUGGAGCAACUAGAACGUGAUCAUGCGGCCAAAGUGACUGGAAUGCUCUUGGAGAUGGACCAGACUGAAGUGUUACAUUUGCUGGAGUCUCCAGAUUCUUUGAAAGCCAAAGUUGCUGAGGCAAUGGAGGUUUUGAGGAAUGUUGCACAGCAUCAGCAGCCAAAUAAUACGCCCACUGAUCAGCUUUCCGCGCUUUCUCUGAAUGAUAACCUUUAAAUAUUUUUGAUCGGCUGCAGUAAAACUUUAUUGGUGAUUUAGUUUUGUCUGUGAGUGGAAUCGGUGAGUGGUACUUGAAUUUUUGUUUGUUGUAUUUUAUUAUAUGCGACAUUAUGACUGUUUAUUAUUAUGGUUUGUAAACUUACUUUUUUUAUUUAUGAUAUGGUAAACUCUGUCUUGAGACUAAUGUUUAUUGCUGGAUA